GUUUCCGCAGCUAUUCGCGGCGUUACUAAUGAAUAAAUAAUGUCAGCAUAUAGCGCUUAUAUCGCUAGUAAACGUCAAAGUGCUAAGAAAAAUGAUAGAUUUUUACUUCAUAAAAAAAAAAUUCCUCGGGUUAUGAAUUGUCCUCAAAAAAAAAAUAGUAAAAUAGCAAGUGAAGUAAAUCUAAAUGUUGAAUCUUUACCUUCUGAAUCUACACUUGAACAAUUAAAGGAAGUUAGCAAGCCAAACGUCUCUUCUGAAUUUACAGAUUCUGAAUCUAAACAAGAGAUUUCCGAUCUUCAAAGUGUUCGCCCACUCUUUCAAGAAACAGAAAUUCUAAUUGAUGUUCAGCCUAUGGAAGUAAUUUCUGAAGAUCUUACUAAUAACCAACCUCAGCAUCCCUCAAAGCUUUCUGAAGGAUUUGUAGAAUCUGGGUUACCUACUAAAAAGUCCAAUUUGUCGGAUAUUGAAAAGGGUAAAGGUGGUAUUCAAAAUUUGCAACUCGGUGGACCACAAAACAUAAUUUCAUGGUGCCCGAGUGAAACCUGUUUGUGCGAAAUUAUCACAGGCGGAGUUUGUAUAACACUUUAUUAUCUACAGCACGUUUCUAUUAUUGGUUCGUGCAUUCUUCAAGUGUUGCACGGCUGUGUUAUUGUUGAUGGUUAUAUGCUUUCUUGCGACGGUACUCUUCCUGUUAUUAGCAGUAAAAGUGCGAGUUUAGUAACAAUAAAAGGUUGGAGAAACGAUAGACUUAAUUUAACCAAUGAAACACUGUUAUUGAAGAAGGAUUUUCUUGAAGUUCCGCUGCUCAAUAAAGUUAGUGAACUUUGCAAGCAAAAUAAUGACAGCAAUAUUUCAGUUUUGUUAAUAAAGAAUUCCAACUUUUCUAUAAAAGAACAUUUAUUUGACUUUUCAGAAGUUUCGAUUGGUAUUGCUUAA